AAAGGAGAAGCAGAACGAGAUGCACUCGGUUUCAACGCAAGAGAUACGAUUGCGGUAUGUCGGACGCCAACGACGUGCGCUCGCUUGUCUGCGCGCUUCCGCACGACCUCUGGAUCAUUCUGUGCUCGCACCAUGCGCGGUGCGUCCUCCUCGUCUCGUCGCUGACGUCGUUUGGAGCCUACGCUCUUGCCAAAUACUAUCGCGACACGGCGGCCAUCGACGCCUUCCCAGCCCACAUUACCUGGCUACUCCUCACGCGUCUCGGUGACGUUGUCCUUGUGGGGUACCCAUGGCUCCUCUCGCAGCCUCGGGCGGCGCGGAGCCUCUACUGCCGCGGCUUUUACGUCUGCCUCGUUGGCGCCGAGCUCGCAUCGGAGCUCGUCUACCUCGCCGCGCCGCCCAACAAACACCUCUGGGAGAGCCCGCGGCACACGACAAGCCUCUUCAAGGUCCUCGUCACUGUCCACUUUGCUCUCUACUUUGCAGUCAUGUACGGGUACCCGUACUACGCGACGAGCAGUCGUCGCAAUUCGACGGUCGCAGCGUGUGGCCCGUCGCUGCACGCGAUCUCUGCAGCUCUGCCUUCUCCACGCCCGCAGCGUGACAUCAGCUAUGUGCAACAAGUCCUUGUCCGUCUCGGCCAGCCACAACUCGCCGGCUACGAUGUCAUGCUCUACUCGGCGGCGUCGAUGGUGCUGCCGUACCUCGAGCCGUCCAUCAACCUCAUCGCGGUCGGGCCUCUCUUCUUCGUGCAUGUGCUCUUGGCGCUCGGCACGCGGUCCCAAUGGCACGCGUCGCGCAGCCGCGGCUUUUGCCUCCUCUUCACCUCGUUCCAGAUGUGCAUCCACGCCCUGCCCACCUUUGUGGUUGAGAACCUUUUUGGCCAAAAUGGCAACGGGUCGUCCAAGAGCAUCUUUGCGACGCUCGCCUACUACGUCCUCAUGGGCACAUACGGGCAUCUCUGGCGCCUCGUUGCGCUCUACGCCACGUCCGAGGAAGACCACGUGAUCUUGCUGACGCUGUUGCAGCUUUUCGAUAGCAUAUUCGGGUACAUGGCAUUCACAGGCACGCAGCGCUUUGACGCAGUCUACGGCCUCCUCUUGCUGUUGACGUUUGGCCGCAUCUUUACGCGCGACAGCAAGUGCCUCAACGACCUCGGCACGUGGCUCCUGAGCAAUUGCCUUGGAAAAGAGUCCGCGCCGGUCCUCGAGCGCGCCCACGUGCAAUGCAGCCGGCUCCUCAAGGCGCGCCAGAACAUGGUGCUGGACCUGGCGAGCUCGCUCAUCAUCCCGAGUCUCUUUGUGCUCGAGAUCUCACUGCAUUGGCGCGUCCUCUCGCCGUCCAUUGCCACUAUGAGUCUGUCGUUUGUGCUCUACUCGGCCCUCGCGCAGUUUCUAACGCGGCUCGCGGGUGGGGCGUGUGCGUGGGUCUACCUCCGCCACCGCGCGGCCACGCUCGGGCUCGAGCUCCCGAAGGAGGCCGCGCUCCCACUUGUGCGACCCGGUACGAUGCUGCCAGCGAUGAACGCAUACUGGGCUACGCACGCGAUGUAUCUCUACGUCUGCGUGGGCUAUGGCGCCAUGAGCGCCAUCAUGCUCCUCGGCAAGCUCUACAUGCAGGUCGUCACCGACGUCGACGUAACGAGACCUUAG